CGGAAACCUAAGUGUUAUUUCUAACACAUAUUUGUUCGCACCAUUUUUCGCUCACUGGUUGUUCUACUUUGUCAGAUUCUCGCAUACCCUGUAUUGCACGCUCAUCCUGCACACUAAGUGUCUUUACACUAGGCCAAAAUCUGCCGAGAGUUGAAAUUUGCACAGUUUUUAAAUGCGACUCCCUUUGGAUUCAUAUGGAGUAGACUUGCAUGUUCAUCUAGAUGGUGCUAUUAGGCCAGAAACAUUAUUUGAGAUAUCGAAUGACCAAAAAUCCAAAGUCUCGUUUCAAAAUUUAGAAGAACUUAAGGGAAAGCUAAUGCCUAGAAAGCCCCACAGCCUGAAAGAUUUUCUGAAAGCUUUCGAGAUAAUCAUACCAUUAGUUGCCGGUAAAAAGGAGGUUUUGGCGCGUAUUUGUGAAGAGUUUGUUGAAGAUUGUGUAAAACGCGGUGGUUUAUGUUAUGUGGAAACACGAUAUUGUCCAUUUCUAUUAACUGAUUCUAAAUGUAGCGCAGAGGAGGUAUUAAAAACAAUUUUGGAUGCACUUAACAGAGCCAGCAAAAAGCACGGGAUAGAAGUUCGUUCUAUUUUAUCAAUUAUGAGACAUAUGCCUGAGACAGCUAAAGAAACAUUAGACUUAGCCAAAAAUUAUCAACCACAUGGAGUUGUUGCAAUCGAUAUUGCAGGUGAUGAUUCAGUCUUGAAACUUCAACGCGUCCCUGAAGAAAUUGUUCAAACAUUUGAAAAUGCUAAAAAAGCUAAUAUUCAUCGUACUGUACAUGUUGGUGAAAACAGUCCAGCAAGUAGUGUCUAUGAGGCAGUGAAUAAUUUAUAUGCUGAACGUAUUGGCCAUGGAUAUCACAUCUUAGAUGAUGAAAAUGCAUAUAAGUCUCUACUUGAAACCGGUGUACACUUUGAAGUGUGUCCAUCGUCAAGUUUUGUAACUGGUUCCGUUGAUGGUCGAAAUCCAAACAAUCACCCUGUACAUCGUUUCAUUGCGGAUAAACUCAACUUCUCCAUUAAUACCGAUGAUCCAACACUGACAGAAAGAUGGGAUUUACAAGAAGCUAAAUAUUGUAUUGAAGAAUUAGGCAUAGCACCUAAUCAAUUGAAUAUUGCUAAUUACAAUGCAGCUAUGGCAGCGUUCGUUACCAGUGCUGAACGGGAACUUUUAAUAUCACAUAUAAAAAUUCGAUCAAGAAAUAGAAUAAUCAAAGUUUAAUUAAAAACAAAAUCACUAUUCUGCUCAAACACACAAAGUGGAUCACGUUUCAAUCUCAAAUAUCAUAUUCUUUCUAUAUGAACUUUCUUCUCAAUAGAAAAACGACAUUACUUCACCGAUUAGAAAAUAAUUUACGAAUAGAUUAUUGAAAGAAGCAUACUUUCUUAUUAGCUCUUGUUCACAAAGUCUCAUUUCAUAUUCUAACUUGUGAUUAUAACUUUCGUUUACUAAUUUAAUUCUAAAACAUUCCAUUCUAAUAUAUUAUUUUUCAUAAGAAUCUAUUUUGUCUGAUCAGAACAAGUUUGAACAAUAACUGUGUUGAAUUUAAAAUAAAGAAUUCUUGUUCAUUUUAGAGAUUAGUACUAAUUGGAUGACUAAUUUCUAUAUAGAAAGAUAUUAGUAGCAGUGCGUAAUUUUCCGUGGUCGAUGUUAAAUAAUGUGAUUGAUCAGUCUCUGUUGAUGUACAUGCAUCAUCCUACAUGGAUUGCUUCGGUAUUGCCAUUUGGUCAAAACCUUUGGUAAAGUAGCAAUUAUAAUUACCAAUGAAAUGUAAAACAAACAUUGUUUGAUCGCUUCGCACUCGUCAAAUGUUUAGAUGAUCAUCUCAUUGUUGAUUUUCACACUGAGACUCGAAC